AUGUCAAGAAGAGAAUAUCCAAAUAUAAUAAUCACUGGUACCCCAGGAUGUGGGAAGAGUUCGCACGCAGCCAAUUUGGUUUCGCAAUUAAAAGAACCAUACAAGCAUUUUUCAAUCAGUGAUAUAGCAAAGGAACGUAAAUGUAUUGAAAGCUACGAUGAAAAGUUAGACACAUCGGUCGUAGAUGAAGACAAGUUAUUAGAUUCAUUAGAGGGAGAUUUAGAGAAAGGUGGAAUUUUGGUAGACUGGCAUUGUUGUGACAUUUUUCCUGAGAGAUUAAUUGAUCUAGUGGUUGUGUUAAGAACUGACAACAAGAUAUUGUUCGAUAGAUUGAACAAAAGAGGAUACAAGGAAAAUAAGGUACAAGAGAACUUGGACUGUGAAAUUAUGGAAGUCAUCUUACAGGAUGCAAGGGAAUCUUAUAUCCCUGAAAUUGUGAUAGAACUUAUGUCCAAUUCGGCAGAAGAAAUGGAUGAAAACGUUGACCGAUUGAUUGCGUGGGCUGAGAAUUGGAAGAAGGACCACCCAGAUGGAGUGACAAACGAGUUGGACCCUGAUGUCGCCGCUGAAGCCAGAGAAGAGUCUGAAGACGAUGAAGCUGAAAUAGAUGAAGAAGAGGAAGAGGAGGAGGAAGAAAGCGAUUAA